AUUUCUCUGGGAAGGAGGAUUGUUCCAAACUGCACUUCAUGCUCACACUUGGUGAUGAUUUGUAGGUGAGAUGGGGAUUGUGAUGUGUGUGGAAUUUGAGACCUUGUGGAGUUCCAUAUCCAAGGGGAAGAAGUAACAACAGCCAGUGGAGACAGAAAGAAAGGCUUCUCUUAUUUGCUCCUUCAAACUCUUAGUGGGGCUCAGCCCAGCAUCCAGCCUUGUGUGACUGUACAGUCAAGCACCGGGACACUAACUUCACUGUGGUACCCUAGCUUUCUGUGGCCCAAGGCAUUGUCCUCUCAGGACACAGGCUCCUAAGCAGCAGAGCACACCUCUGUUGACAAGCCUGACGCUAUGGGGAAGGGAGACAGCCUAGAGGCAGUGCCAAAUGCCACCUCAAAUCGCUCUGUCCUGGAAGAGUACAAUUAUAAGGUGGGCAAGGUCAUUGGCACUGGCUCCUAUGGGACCGUCUAUGAGGCUUACCACACAAAGCAGAAGGUCAUGGUGGCUAUCAAGAUCAUCUCUAAGAAGAAGGCCUCUGACGACUACCUUAACAAGUUCCUGCCCCGAGAGUUACAGGUAAUGAAAAUCUUGCGGCACAAGUACGUCAUCAGCUUCUAUCAGGCCAUUGAGACCACAUCUCGAGUGUACAUCAUUUUGGAGCUGGCUCAGGGUGGUGACGUCCUUGAAUGGAUCCAGCGCUAUGGGGCCUGCUCUGAGCCCCUUGCUGGCAAGUGGUUCUCCCAGAUGACCCUGGGCAUGGCCUACCUGCACAGCAAGGGCAUCGUGCACCGGAACUUGAAGUUGGAAAACCUGUUGCUGGACAAGCAGGAGAAUGUGAAGAUUUCAGACUUUGGCUUUGCCAAGAUGGUGUCUUCUACGCAGACUGGCCAGAGCAGUGCCUCUUACCACCGAGCGAGUAUCGUUUCCCAAAUCAGUCAGACCUACUGUGGAAGCUUUGCUUAUUCCUGUCCGGAGAUCUUACGAGGCUUGCCCUACAAUCCUUUCCUAUCUGACACCUGGAGCAUGGGUGUCAUCCUCUACACUCUAAUGGUGGCUCAUCUGCCCUUUGAUGACACCAAUCUCAAGAAGCUGCUCAGAGGGACUCAGAAGGAGGUCACUUUCCCGCCUAACUAUGUCAUCUCCCAAGAGUGCAAGAACCUGAUCCUCCAGAUGCUAUGCCAAGCUGCCAAGCGUGCCACCAUCCUGGACAUCAUAAGGGACCCCUGGGUGCUCAAAUUUCAGCCCGAGGCACCCAGCUAUGAGAUGAAACUGCUUGAGGCCAUACAACAGGAUCCCAACACCAUGAAUCCUCCACAACCCUUGGAAUGAGCUGCAAAGUGGUUGAGGCAAGGGGCUGAGAGGAGCAAAGCAGAAGAGUUUGGGCUGACAAAUCUUUGACAACCAAAAUAAAUCCAAUUUUCACAUGCUUUUAUCAGAUAGGUUCAAAGAUAUUGUUUCUUAAAGGGAGUCAGUGGAAAAUUCUAGGGUCACUGGUGGAUUUCUGCUGUGAGCUUAAAACCAGUAAUCUUGGCAUCCGUUCAGGCAAGUUGGUAGUUCAAGUGCAUUCAACACCUGGUUUUGGAUUUU